AUGUGUCGAACAAUUCUUGAAAGCACCAUUGUUGACAAACAUGAGCAAUGGAUGGUUGAUUUCAGUCGAAAAUAUGAGAGACAAUUGGAGAAGGAGAAGCGUCUUGAUAUAUUCAAAGACAACUUGGAAUAUAUUGAGAGCUUCAACAAUGGCGGAAAUAGGAGUUUUAAGCUAGGCCUCAAUGAAUUUGCAGACAUGACACAGGAUGAAUUCAUUGCAACUCACACUGGAUACAAGAUGCAGAACAAUCCCACAUGGUUGGAAUCAACAUCGUUUAUGUAUGAAAACUACUUAAACGCUCCGAAAAGCUUCAAUUGGAGGGACCAAAAUGCCGUUACUCCUAUUAAGAAUCAGGGUAAAUAUGGAUGUUGUUGGGCAUUUUCAGCAGUGGCAGCCGUUGAAAGGUUAAUCAAAAUCAAAACUGGUAAAUUAAUCCCAUUAUCUGAGCAACAACUGUUGGAUUGCAGUAGAAAUGGAGGAAACCAAGGUUGCAAAGGAGGAUGGAUGAUGAAUGCUUUCGAUUACAUUAGCCAAAACCAAGGAAUAACCACUGAAAAAAGGUACCCAUAUCAACAAAUGCAAAAAAAUUGCGACACACAGAUAAACAAAGUUGCCACCAUCAGUGGCUAUCGAAUGGUACCGGAAAACGACGAAGAAGCAUUGCUUAAGGCCGUCCCGAAUCAACCGGUGUCGGUUGCACUUGAAGGCCAUGGACGAGACUUUCAGUUUUACAAUGGUGGAGUGUUUACAGGAGAUUGUGGAAAUUCUCUCACCCAUGCAGUCACCAUUGUUGGAUAUGGGACAAGUAAAAAAGGUUUAAACUAUUUGCUAAUUAAGAAUUCAUGGGGACAAAGUUGGGGUGAAAAUGGGUAUAUGAAGAUUCAAAGGAAUGUGGAAAGGCAAGGUGGCUUAUGUGGUAUCGCCAUGAAAGCUUCGUAUCCAACUGCAUAA